AUGGACGUUGACAGCAUUCGCGAGCAUUUGCUGGGGGACUCUCAGGAUACUUUCUCAUUUACUGAUUUCUAUACCAAUUUUGGUUCAGAAACAGCCAGUACUUAUAAUUGGAAUGAGACAAAGACUGAAAUAAUAUACAGCUCCAUGGUUGAAGUAAAGGAGGAGAUUUCAUUGGACGAAGAGAGGUUUCCAUCUCCUGCCACGUCGGUUCCUCCGCCAGCUAGUAAUAACGUACGUACGCAGCAACAAGAUUUUCUUGCAUGGCGAACAACACCACCAUGCAAAGAGACGGCGGCUGCUUCAGAGGGGAGGCUGACGCGGCCGCACUAUAGGGGAGUAAGGCAGCGGCGAUGGGGUAAAUUUGCAGCAGAAAUACGAGAUCCUGCUAAGAAAGGAGCCAGAGUAUGGCUGGGCACCUUCACCACAGCGGAGGCCGCAGCCCUCGCAUAUGACCGUGCUGCUUUCAGAAUUCGGGGAUCCAAAGCACUGCUCAACUUUCCUCUCCUCGACCACGCGGUUACUGAAGAUUAUCUGGCAUUGCCCCCGCAGGCAACGAAGAGGAGGAGAGAAGAGGACGAGAAGUGA